ACUCCCUAGUCAUUAUCUGAACACUACAACAAAGUAGUGAAACUGUACUGUAGCCUACAACAUUUCAUAUCAUACAAAGAAACAAUAGCUUCCACGAUGGAUUGGGACAAAGCUAGUCCGUUCCCCUCUACCCUCCUGGAGUCAUCAGGUCAAACGUCUCCCGGUACCGCUUUACUGCUGGGUCUGGUCGACUGCAGGAAAACACCGGGGCAGAGUGGAACUGAGAGAGGAGAAGAGGAACAUGGAGAUUUGAUAUCAUUAAGGGACAUCCCUAAUUGUUGCUCUCUUAGUGGGAGGGGCUUAUCAUCUGGGGAGCCUCAACAACAUCAUGAUGCUGACAAGAAAGAGAAGAGUCUCUCCAGAUCAGAACACCUCAAGAAACACCAGCAUAGAGGUAUAGGGAAGAAACCUCACCACUGCUGCUCUGACUGUGGGAAGAGUUUUGCUAAACAGAAGGAAUUGAUAUUUCACCAGUGGAUUCACACCGGUGUGAAACCGUACCACUGCUCUCAGUGUGGGAAGAGUUUCGCUGCAUCUAAAACCUUAAAAUCUCAUCAGAGAAUUCAUACAGGGGAGAGCCCUUACCCCUGCUUUGAUUGUGGGAAACACUUCAAUCAAUUAGGAGCCCAGACUACACACCAAUGCAUACAUACUCGAGAAAAGUCUUAUAGCUGUGAUCAGUGUGGGAAGCGCUUCAGGAAAUCAGACCACCUGACUACACACCAACGCAUACACACAGGAGAGAAGCCUUAUAGCUGUGAUCAGUGUGGGAAGAGCUUCAAUCAAUCAAUACACCUGACUAGACACCAGCGAAUACACACAGGAGAGAAAUCUUAUAGCUGUGAUCAGUGUGGAAAGAGUUUUGCUCUAGAUUUCAACCUGACAACACACCAGCGAAUGCACACUGGAGAGAAGCCUUACUCCUGUCUAUGUGGAAAGAGGUUUGCUCAUUCAGCAUCACUGAAAAACCACCAGAAAGCACAAACAUGUCGUCUUUCAUCUCCCUCCUCUCCGGCACCGGUUCCAGAUCCCUAAAUAAAGUUCAAUAGAAAACAUCUUGUGAAGAGUCAUCCAACUCCCAUUCUCUAUCAGUUAACUAAGUCUGAUUACCAUGGUAACCUGUAUAGCAUAAUAUGCAGCUCUGUAUGUAUCAAGCGUAUUGGUGUAGGAGUGCUGUGUGUGUGUGUGUGUGUGUGUGGUGGGGUGGGGGUGUUCAGAGCUGUAUCUUAUUUAAAUAACUCAUAUUAUCCAUUAAAUAAUGUAGAAUAAUGUUUCA